GCGCGGCAGGCUGUGGACCUUGGAGGCUGCGGAUGCCCUCCGGCUCGGCGUCCUCCGUCGGCCUCAGCUUCCAGCCCGACCGGCCGGCCGGAGGGUAUGGAGCCCGAGGCGGGAGGAAAAGGCGCAGCUGGCGGGAGGGGAGGUGGGAGCCGUCGCUCUCUCUGAGCCGAAGCCUCUUGCCUGACCGAAGAGGGGAGGGGGUUCCCAGGUCCGGCCUUGCGUUGGGUGGCGUUACAUCCAGUCUUGGGCAAACACCCCUCCACCCACUCCUACCCCCGACCCCCAUCAAAAAUAAGCUUUGGCCAUACGCUUAGAGAGGGCGAGGGGCAUUUGUGAUCUGAACAGCCAGAAAGGAAAAACUGCGCACAGGUUGUCCCCAAAACUUGGGGCAACCUUGGGAGUUCUGACCUAGUACUGAUUCCCUGACUGACUUUGGGCAAGACGCUGUUAUUCUCUGAACCUCUGUACCAUUAGUGGGUCAAAUCAGACCGUUUCCCACUUGCUUCUGGUUUUGUUUCUGUUUGAGCUUUGAUUUAGAUUCCUUGGUCUUCCAGAGUGUAGUUUAGAUGUGUGCAGAGGGAGAUGUGGGGAGAGGGAGGGGGAUAUGAAAUCAUCAUUUACAUGAACAGUGGACCAGGAGUCCAGCUGAAUAAGGUCCAGUACCCCAUCUUCGCACCUGUGUGACCUUUAGCAACUCAUGACUCUGAGUCCCAGUUUCUUCAUGGAAAAUGACAGAGAUUAGGAAGUGGCUGCCUGGACUAUUUUCCAAAGGAUAAACUUUACAAAAGUAUUGAAUACAGCAGCUCACCGAGAAGAUCCUACUGGUUUGGUGGGAACAUGACUUCCAGCAGCCACGUGGGAUGCUAUUCAGGUGCCAUCUGAAACGAGCUCUUCCCCAGAAGGUCUCAUGCAAGUUCUGUGCAGUGAUGGGGAAACUGCAGAGCAAACUCAAAUACAGCACUUAUAAAUACAGGCCCGAUGGAUUUAGAGACGAGAGAAUUCAAACUAAAGCUUUUCAAGAGUAUAGCCCAGCUCACGUGGAUACCGUCUCUGUUGUUGCUGCUCUGAACUCAGACCUCUGUGUCUCCGGAGGAAAAGAUAAGACAGUUGUGACCUAUAACUGGAGAACUGGAAACGUGGUGAAAAGGUUGAAAGGACAUGAGCGUGAAAUCACAAAGAUAGCUUGUAUUCACAAAUCAGGCCAGUUCUUCAGUGCCUCUCGCGACAAGAUGGUCAUGAUGUGGGACUUGCAAGGCUCCUCACAACCAAGGCAGCAGUUCUCCGGCCACAGCAUGGUGGUCACUGGAUUGGCUGUGAGUCCAGACACAUCACAGCUAUGCACUGGCUCUCGUGACAACACCCUCCUUCUGUGGGAUGUGGGGACCGGACAGUGUGCGGAGAGAGCAUCAGUCUCCAGGAACCUGGUCACUCACCUGUGCUGGGUCCCCAGAGAACCGUAUAUACUCCAGACCUCUGAAGAUAAAACCAUCAGAUUAUGGGACAGUCGGGGGCUGCAGGUAGCUCAUGUAUUUCCCGCAAAGCAGCACAUCCAGACCUACUGCGACGUCAGUGAGGAUGGACACAAGUGUAUCUCCUGCAGCAGCGGCUUUGGAGGCGAAGGCUGUGAAGCCACGUUGUGGGACCUAAGGCAGACGCGGAACAGAAUCUGUGAGUACAAGGGGCACUUCCAGACUGUAGCAUCCUGUGUCUUUCUACCAAGAGCAUUAGCCUUGAUGCCUGUGAUUGCUACCUCAUCGCAUGACUGCAAGGUGAAGAUCUGGAACCAAGACAGUGGAGCCUGCCUUUUCACCUUGUCUCUGGAUGGAUCAGGACCUUUGACUUCCCUGGCUGUGGCUGACACCGUCUCCUUAUUGUGUGCAAGUUUCAGCAGAGGAAUUCGCUUACUCAGGGUGGACCAUAGCCGAGGGCUGGAACUGCAGGAAGUGGCAGGAUUCUGAGGCCAAGACACCUUCACUGGACAAUAGCAAACUGUGGCCCCUCCUUACUCAGUGUGACUUUGUGUUUUUCCAUGUUCUCUUGGGGGGAGGGCCAUGUGGAAUGGUGUUCUUUGCUUAGGCUCCCUUGGAAGGUAUGUCAGUGUUAGAAGCCAAUUUAAGUCUAGUGGUUCAAAAUCAGGUGCAGAGAUUAGAAAUAUGGACUCAACCGUAAGGUUCUCAAACGAAGUUAAAUCCAAAUGCAAUUUUUAGUGAGCUUUGGGGACUGCUCUUCAAAAAAAAGUUUAUGGGCCUCUUGCUUUCUGAGAUGGCCCACACUCUGUCCGUGGAGUGUGUUUCUCCCAAGGCUGUCUCGCCUUUCGAGACAGACCGCAUUCUGUCUAUGGAAUGUGUAUCUCUCUCUAAAAAAAUGUUUAUGGCUUGGAAUGAUGACCUGUAGGUAUAAGAGUGAUAGGCCUCUGUCUGUGAGAGUCAGAACACAGGUCUGAGUCUAUUGAACUGACCUUUUCCAUGUCUCCACGAAAGAAGAAAAUGCAGCAAAGAGAGAAACUCUGUUUUGGUUGCCUCGCAAUUAUCUAGAUGGGAAAGAAUAGUGCAGCUCCAUGGAGGAAAUGGAUUGUAGACAUGAGAUUAAGCUCUAAUCACAGCCCCUCAGCAAUGUGAAGAAUCAAUGUUAGGGCAAGAAAGCAAAAGCCUUGGCUUCUACUCGGCGUAGUCGCAGAGGGGAGGUGGCAAAUCCCUAGACCGGUGCUAGGGCUGCACAAACACGUGUGAAGAGGCCGGCCACCGCAGCGCCUCGCCCACGGUUAGACGAGUUAUCAAACCCAUUCUGUGGAUACGAAAAUGGAGAGAUGAAGCCUAAAAAAAUUGCAUUUGUAUAUUUUAACAUUUUUACUUAGUUUUAUAUAACUCUUUAUGGGGAAUGGCCAGAAUAAGGCAAAGGGAAUCUCUGCAACAACAAUGGAACAUAUAGAAAAAAGCAGAAAGAUGGAUUCAACUGUGCCAGCCACUGAGCCCCCCUCGGUGAGGAGGGGCAGGAUGCUCGGCUCUGUCUGUGUGGCCCCCAGGAGCUCAGUCCCCAGCCUGGUGCUCACAAACCUACUUUCCUCCAGGAAAGUCACUCCUGCCGUCAGGCAGGUCCAUACCUAAGGCAGCUGAGGCCUGGAGAGUCCCUUUCUGAUGAGUCCCAAAGAAAGAUUUAGCAUUCGUCCUCUCUGGCCCCUACCUGUCCCUGAUACCAGUGGCUGACAGCCAUCUUCCUUGUCCCCUCCUGCUCCUCUUUGGGGCCACCUCCCCCACGCUGCCUCCAGUCACGAGGCAGGAGAAUCUUAAGCUCGUGCAAAGCGUCAGACCUGAAUUGGACUCUCCAUCUCCCCAUGUAGCUGGCUGAUCUUGGGAAAGUUAUAAAACCUGUUUCCGCACUUAUAAUAUGGAGCUUCAUAAUCAGACGUUUUUUACGGGGCUGUUCCAAAGAUUCAACUGUGUUAAAUGUCAGGCAAGCUAGUGGGUGCUUACAAAUGGCAGCCACAACUCCUUAGCACCCGCUCUGUCCAGACUAAACACUCACACAACACACUUACCACUCCUUCACCCGUUCUCCUUAGAUGGUAUUUUCUAAACCUUUAGCCACUGUUCAGCUUCCCUGUGAUUCCCUAAGUUAUGGAUCUUUGAGCUCUGAAAGGACAAAGUGGGUGGUGGGAGAGGAAGCUGCCUCGUUGAGCACCUACAGGUGGCUGAAUACAUGUAUCCUCACGGCAGUUGUGUUAUUCUCAUGUCACAGAUGAGGAAGCUGAGGCCCAGGGACAUCCAGUCCUCUGCCCGAGGUUACACGCGUGGGGAAGAAGGGGAGAACUGAGAUCUGGGCCUGGGUCUGCCUGACUUUCCUCCUCACCCCUUUGCCUCUGCAUGAUGUCACAAAGUUCAUUUUAGAAAUUUGUAGGCCAUGACAUUGUGUAUUUUCUGGACCAGUUAUUAACUUUUUGGCUUCAAGGAGAUCCUCCUGGCCAGGUGCCUGGGAGCAGUAGACAGGUGUCUCGGGGAAAGUCCUAGCAAAUCCUGAACUAUUAGUGCUACAGGUUAGCCUUUCUUCUAGAAGGAAGACAGAAAAUCCAAGGGAGUGGUUGGGAGGGGUCCCAGGAAAGGGGAACAGCGGGAACAUAUGUGAGAAAAUAGAAGGGCUCUGAUGAAGUAGCCCAGUUCUAUUACCAAUAAAAUUGUUUCCCAGGCUUCCCUGGUGGCACAGUGGUUAAGAAUCUGCCUG